AUGUGUGUGGCGCGCCGCUCGCCGUGGCUCGUCGCCGCCGCGGCGUGGGCCCUGCGCGGCGUCGACUCCGGCGAGGCGGCCUGCGGCAAGGUUUUUAUUUAUGACCUGCCGCCGGCCCUCUACGACCUCCGGUGGCGGCCGUCGCCGACGCCCGGCGCGACGCCGCGCGAGCGCCUGGCGCCCUUCGCGUCCGUGGAGGAGGUCUUCGGCAGCGAGCACGUCGAGAAGUCGCGGUCCUGCGAGGGCCUCGACGACCACGCCUUCGAGAGCCUCUACGCGACGGAGCAGUGGGGCGCGGCGGAGCAGCUUUUGUACCGCGCGGCGACGAGCGGCCGGUGCCCGCGGACGCUGGACCCGUCCGAGGCCGACAUCUUCCUCGUGCCCGUGCUCCCGAAGGCGAAGAGCGGCGGCGGCUGGGUCGCCGCCUGCAACGCGACGGGCGCGGAUGAGCGAAGUCUGGUAAAGGCGCUGCCGCACCUGAACGAGCGCACCGCGCACCGCCACGUCAUGGUCGUCGCCAAGGGCCUGGCGAGCGCCAAGACCUGCGACUGGUUCCUCGAGCCCAGGACGCUGCUGAAGCGCGCCGUGCGGGUGGCCUACAGCGCCAAGGUCAUGCUCCCAAAAUCGGACUUCGACGCGGCGCGGACGAAGCCGCGCUACGGCCCCGCGCACCUGCCCUACGUGCCCCGGAGCGCCGUCUACUACGACCGCACGCUCCCCGCCGGCGACGAGCUGCGCGCGGAGCUGUUCGUCGCGCCGAAUUUGGUGUCGAUCCCCUACGCCACUUCGGUCCACGGCGCGGCGGCCGCGGGCGACGUCGGCGAGCGCGCGCCCUGGAGCCGGCGCCACCACCGGAACCUGCUCAUGUCCUUCCAGGGCAAGUUGGGGCGCGAGGCCGGGUCGCACCGCGGCGCGACGAACGGCACGUUCAUCGUCGACAAGCACUACGGCGCGGCCGUCCGCGCGCGCGUCGUCCAGAUCUGCGAGGCCGCGCCGGAGAACUUCUGCCACGUCGAUUUGAUCGCUUACCGCGAGCGGUCCAAGUGUUUCCUGGGUCUCGGCACGACGUCCUUCCACCCGGAGACGAUGGAGCUCGCGAAAGCCAAGUCCGUCUUCUGCCUCGAGCCCCUCGGCGACUCGCCCUACCGCAAGUCCAUCUGGGACUCGCUGAGCCUCGGCUGCAUCCCCGUCGUCUUCUCGCUGUACAGCGAGAUCACGGCGCCCUGGCACUGGGGGCCCUGGCGCAACGCCUCGCGCGUCUACGUGCCCGAGGCGCGGCUCAACGACGACGCCUUCGACCUCGUGGACCACCUGCGGAGCAUCCCGGAGGCGGACGUCAAGGCCAUGCAGGCGACCAUCGCCCACCACGCGCGGUCCAUCCAGAUCGCCGUCGACGACGUGCCCCACGACGCGUUCGAGACCCUCGUGCGGCGCCUCGUCGCCGAGGUCGAGGCCCACGAGGCGUCGCCGGGCUUCCCGGCGCCCUUCGACCCGGGCGAGACGGGCCAGUGGCUCGACGUCGGGACGCACUAA